AUGCCUACAAUCUUCCUCAUCGACGACUCAGAAUCUAUGCGACAACACUGGGAUGACGUCAAAAGUACCUUCGAGGCUCUAGCGUACCUCGUCAAGGCCAUGGAUCCAGAUGGUAUCGAGUUACGAUUCGCCAACAGUCGGAGAUAUGACAGCCGUGGGAAGGAUCGCAAGGCACUCCUCAGGAAUUUUGAGAAAGUCAAGCCCAGUGGCCAAAGCCAAAUGGGUAUUGCGCUCAGCAAUAUUCUCCCAGACUACUACCACAAACCGCACCAAAGCCAAGCCAGCAAGCGGUCAUCCUGGUCUCCACGAGUAGAAGAAAAGCCUGCAGUUAACAUUUACAUCCUCACCGACGGUGUAUGGUCGCCAGGUCAUCAUUGCCUUUCAACCAUCAAAAACCACGUUACAAACCUAGUCAAUCACCUGGUUGCGACCGGAAGGCUUCAACACGUCGGUAUCCAGUUCAUCCGCUUCGGAAACGACGAGACUGGUAAAGAGCGCCUGAAUAUCCUCGACAACGAUGAAUUGAAGCAUUACAAAGUUCCUAUAGAUAUAGUCGACACGGAGCCGUCUACUGGCAAUAUCUUCAAGAUGCUGCUCGCCAGCACCGACCCUUCCUGGGAUAACGAGCCCAGUAGCUAA